CAGGUCAAACGCAUCACUUGAACACACACACUGGCAGUUCGACAAGGAAGGUGGCUGUAACAACAGGAGAGUUUUAUCAUGAGUAAUACUAGCCUCUUUAAAGGAAAAGAAAAGCAGUGCAGCAUCUAAAAUGAGUCUCUGUGAGGAAACAGAGGAGGGAAGAACUCAAAAUGUCACACCAAUAGAACCCAGUUGUUUGUCUAUGAAGAGUGACAGAUCCAUAACUCAACCUCCUGGUCUCAGUAAUGGACCAGAAACCUCUAACCUCAGCAGGGGGAGCCAGAGAGCAGCAUCACCAGAACCCAGCUCUGUGUCUAUGAAGAGUGAGAGAUCCAUUACUCAACCUCCUCAACUAAGUGAUGGAGCGGUUACCUCUGACCCCAGGCAGAAUGAUAUACAAGCAAACUUGCAGGAGGAGACUGGAGACCUGCAGACACUGGUGAAUGAUGAAUUACAUAGAGUCAAGAACCAACUCAAAACCAGCAUGAAGAAAAAGUAUGAGAUAUUAUUUGAGGGAAUGAAACUCCAAGAGAAUGAAACCCUCCUGAACAGGAUCUACACACAGCUCUACAUCAUAGAGGGCGAGAGUGAAGGAGUGAAUGAAGAACAUGAGGUUUUACAGAUGGAGAAAGCAGCCAGAACACAACACUCACAAGACACUCCAAUCGACUGCAAUGACAUCUUUAAAGCCUCACCUGAACCAGGAUGUGAGGAGAAAGACCAAAUCAAGACUGUUCUUACUAAAGGCAUCGCUGGAAUCGGAAAAACCGUCUCUGUGCAGAAGUUCAUUCUGGACUGGGCAGAGGGAAAAGCCAAUCAGGAUGUAGAUUUCAUGUUUGUGCUUCCAUUUCGAGAGCUGAACUUGAUCCGAGAUCAUCAGUACAGUCUUCACAGACUUCUGCUGGACUUUCAUCCUGAACUUCAAGAUCUGGACUCAAAGAUUUAUGAGGAGUGCAAAGCUGUGUUCAUCUUGGAUGGUCUGGAUGAAAGCAGAAUCACACUGAUGUUUUCAGACACUCAGAAAGUUGCUGAUGUGACUGAGACUUCAUCUGUGGGUGUGUUGAUGUCAAACCUCAUGAAAGGAGAGCUGCUUCCCUCUGCUCUCAUCUGGAUCACCUCCAGACCAGCAGCAGCCAAUCAGAUUCCCUCCAAAUACAUCAACCGUGUGACAGAAAUUCAGGGAUUCAAUGAGCCUCAGAAGGAGGAAUAUUUCAGGAAGAGAAUCAGUGAUGAGCAUCAAGCCAGCAGAAUCAUCUCACACAUCAGAAGAGCAAGAAGCCUCCACAUAAUGUGCCACAUACCCGUCUUCUGCUGGAUCUCAUCCACUGUGCUUCAAAAGCUCCUGAAAGAAGAUCUGAAUGCAGAAAUCCCUCAAACUCUGACUGAAAUGUAUAUCCACUUCUUGCUGAUUCAGAUCAACAUGAGGAAUCAGAAGUAUGAAGAGAGAGAUCCAGAGAAGCUCCUGCAGUCCAACAGAGAAGUGAUUGUGAAACUUGCUGAAGUGGCUUUCAAUCAGCUGAUGAAGGGCAAUGUGAUGUUCUAUGAGGAGGACCUGAGAGAGAGCGGCAUAGACGUCACUUACGCCUCAGUGUAUUCUGGAAUUUGCACUGAGAUCUUUAAGGAGGAAUCUGUGAUUCAUCAGAGGAAAAUCUACAGCUUCAUUCAUCUGAGCGUCCAAGAGUUUCUUGCUGGUUUCCAUGUUUUUUACUGCUAUUUAAGCAGCACCAUGGACACGAGCACCAAGUUUUUUUAUUUAAUGCAUAAUCUCUUUAGCAGUGCAGUAGAUAAAGCUCUUGAGAGUAAGAAAGGACACCUGGAUCUGUUCCUGCGGUUCCUGCUGGGCGUCUCACUAGAGUCCAAUCAGAGACUCUUACAGGAUCUACUGACACACACAGAGAACAGCUCAGAGAGCAUCAGGAGAACCACACAGUACAUUAAAGAGAAGAUCAAAGAUGGACAUGGACUCUCCACUGAAAGAUCCAUCAAUCUGUUCCUCUGUCUGCUGGAAGUCAAAGAUCAGACUCUGUCCAGAGAGAUUCAGGAGUUUGUGAAAUCAGACAAACACUCAGAGAAGAAACUCUCUCCUGCUCACUGCUCAACAAUUGCCUACAUGCUUCAGAUGUCAGAGGAGGUGCUGGAUGAGCUGGACCUCAAGAAAUACAACACAUCAGAUGAGGGGAGAAGAAGACUGAUACCAGCUGUGAGCAACUGCACAAAAGCCCUUCUUGCUGGCUGUAAUUUCACUAGUCAGUCCUGUGAAAUUGUGGCUUUAACCCUACAAUCCUCAAACUGUGUCCUGAGAGAGCUGGACUUGAGUAACAAUGACCUUCAGGAUUCCGGAGUGAAGCUGUUAUCUGAUGGACUGAAAAGUCCAAACUGUCUGCUGCAGAUACUGAGGUUGUCAGGCUGUAUGGUGACAGAGGAAGGCUGUGGUUAUGUGUCUUCAGCUCUGAGUUCAAACCCCUCACACCUGAGAGAGCUGGAUCUGAGCUACAAUCACCCAGGACAAUCAGGAGUCCAGCUGCUCAAUGACAAACUGAAGGAUCCAAACUGCUCACUGCAGAUACUCAAGUUGGAUCAUGGAGGGCCCUUAAGGCUCGAACCUGGACUACGAAAAUAUGCCUGUGAUCUCACACUGGAUCCAAACACAGCACACACUCAACUCAUUCUGUCUGAGGAGAACAGAAAGAUCACAUAUGUGAAAGAGCAUCAGCCGUAUCCUGAUCGUCCAGAGAGAUUUGUUGAUGUUCCUCAGGUUCUGUGUCGAGAGAGUCUGACUGGACGCUGUUACUGGGAGGCUGAACGGACUGGUUGGGCUCGAAUAGCAGUGGCCUAUAAAGGAAUCAGCAGGAAAGAAGGGGCUGUCUGUAAGUUUGGAUACAAUGACAAAUCAUGGUGUCUUUUCUGCAAUAAUGAUGGAUUUGUUGUCUGGCAAAAUAAUGAGGCCAGUAACAUACCAACCAAUGUACCACAAUCUAAUAGAGUAGGAGUGUAUCUGGACGUGUCGGCCGGCACUCUGUCCUUCUUCAGCGUCUCUGACACACACACACUCACACACUUACACACAAUCAACACAACAUUCACUGAACCCCUCUAUGCUGGAUUUAAGGUUUUUAAGUCUAAACUGACUCUGUGUCAGAUUUAAAAACAGACAAACAAUUAAGAACACAUUCUUCCUCCAUCAUAAUCUUGAUCAUAUACGUGGAAAAGUUUGUUGAAACUUGUGAAAAUGACAAUAAUACUGUAUAACUAACAAAUUUUAAUUCAUGUAAACAUUUAGAAAAACAUGUUAUAAUACAUAAUUGUGAUAAAAAUACUAAAUAUGAUCAGUCAUAAAAGGAUGAAUGCAUCCUUUUAUGACUUCGGUUAUGAUUUCGGUUAUCACUAUGAAUGUCUAGUGAAAAGUGUUUGGUUGAGUCUGGUUCUGUUGAUCAGGUUCUGCUGUUCUAACAGUGUUAGAGUUGCUGAAAGGAAUUACUUCUUUUGAUUUUCUCAGCAUGAUAUACAUUUAUCAGGCCUCAUUCCCACAGUCUGGUGGAGAUGCAGCCGCUUCAGUUGGCUGUUGGGACUAAAGACUAUCCUCCACAUGCGCUGCUCAAGGCGUGCACAAUCAGUCUAACAAAAGAAUCCAUAAUGCUUAAAAUAAUUACCACCACCAAAUCGUGUAGCGUGGAUGCAGCUCAUGCCACCAUUCGUAAGGCAGUUUUAUAGCUAGCGCAUAUAUAUGUACUGUCUCCAAUAUGUAAUUUUAAUCUCAGUUGUAGAUGGUGGUUCUGGUGCUUGAUUCAUUUUGAUUAUAUCAUAGGCUAAAAACAACUGUAAAGUUAAGUCUUUUCGCACAUUCUAUGGUUUUUCAGCACUUUCAUUUAUGUAUUUUUCAUUUACAUUUAUCCGGACAAUGUAUUUUUUUUUUUUUUAAAUAUACAGUUUGUUUUCUUUUACAGUAUAUUUCUUUUCUUUUUAUUUAUUGAAAAAUAGCACUGUAUAUAAUUGCUAGUCUAUUGUCAGUAUACAAAGGGAGUAAAUACAAAUGUUUAUUGAAAUGAAUUCAGUGUUGUUUCUUUACAGUGAAGCUGCUCUGUGAGAAAUUAUCGUUUUUGGUUACGAACAAACUGACUAGUACCAGUAAUGUCUGUAUGUGAUAACAGUCUCUGUACUUAUCUAGAGAUACUUUAAGAUGUGAAGAAAAUGAAGCGACUUUAACCUCUUGACUGAAGCUACACUAUUAUCCAUGAUACAUACUGAAACCUACAGAAGAAUGUCUCAAAGUGUCUAGAGCAGGGGUGUCCAAUCCUGUCCUGGAGGUUCCUGCAGACCCUCUUAUCUCCCUAUAAUAAUACGAUCUCUGCCGUAUCUCUCACAGAGCAGAGGAGCUCCGGAAGGAGCGACGACAGUGAAGGAUGAGAGAGGACCAGGCCUGGACUUUAUUUUAUGUUUUAUUGUGUUUGUGUGUGCGGCAGUCGUCCGCAAGGGACUGCUGCCAUUUUACUUUUGUUUUGUUGUUUGUUUGUUUUUUUGGUAUAUUAAAAUCUGUUUGAACAUUCGCC